UGCGCAUCACUGUCAGAGUCGAACAAUUCCUAAGCACGCCUCCUGAUUUCCUCCGCCAUUUGUCUAACACGGCGUCAUCGGGUUCAGUUUCAUCCACAAAUCACCUCCUCGUCUCGCCUAGCAUCCAAAAGCAAGGGACCAAUCACACGCGAAGAAGACGAGAGCUCCAGGAUUUCUAGGAGCCAAUCCAAGAACUGGACCUUGUUGGGACAAGGGAUCGGCCAUGGCGCCGCCGCCACCACCGAACCAAGGUGACCUCGCCACGCCGGCCGCGCUGCGGGCGCCGGCGGACGUGAUCUCCCGGGUCUUCUCGCAGCUGGACUGCGUCGACCUCCUCAGCUGCUCCCUCGUCUGCAGGCAAUGGUGCCGCGACUCUGCGGAGCUACGGGAAGAGUGGAGGAUGGAGUACAUGGACGCCUGGAACCUGCUGGGUCUCAACAUCAAGUCCGAUACGCGAUCGCCAUGCUCAACUUGCUCCAUCAGAAACCUGCGAACCUGGUGCCCUUAAACACAGGGCACCAGAGUUGCAUUGUCACAAGCAUAUUCAGUGUCAGUGCUACCUGCACAAGACCAAUCUUCAUCAUGUGUAGUUGUGUACAUACAUGCCUGAUAAACUGUAUUGAAUUUA